UAUAUACCCCUAUACGUUGUAACCAAACCACAUAAGCAAAUCAUACCUCACACAUAACCUUCCAUCUAGCUUGUACUGAUCAUCAAAGCAUCGAUCUUUUGACACAAAUAGGAGGAGCACCAUGGCUUCCAAGUUUGCACACUCACUCACUGUUCUUGUCCUGAUCGCUUCAAUGUUUGGAGUAAGCGCGGCCAACAAGGACUGGUUCUCUGGUUUUAACUACACAGACUGGUGGUCCCGAUAUCAGAAACCAAACAAGACUCAACCUCAGUCCAACACAAUCGCGGUGGGUGGCUCAGAGAAUUGGCACUUCGGCUUUAACUACUCUGACUGGGCUUUCAAAAAUGGCCCUUUCUACCUCAACGACGCUCUCGUGUUCAAGUACGAUGCUCCGAACGCCACCACACAUCCGCACAGUGUAUACAUGUUUUCAAACUUUUGGAGCUUCUUGAAGUGUGAUCUGAAAAGGGCAAAGAUGCUGGCGAAUGUAACACAAGGCGUGGGAGAGGGAUUCAAGGUUGUGUUGAAGAGGUGGCAACCUUACUACUUUGCUUGUGGAGAGAGAAAUGGCUUUCACUGCACAAAUGGUGGCAUGAGUUUCGCUGUCAUGCCCAUGCCUCGCUCCUUCUUCCCUUUGCCUUGAUAUAAGAAAAAAUGCAGCAUUAUAUAUAUAUGGUUCUGGUUUAUUUUCUGUUAAAUGAAAGCAUAUAUAGGAUAAAUAAAUGAUUUGGUUUAUUUUUAUUUAUUUAACAAAUAUCCCUGGAUUCCAUGCUACCAUGAAAGUUUAGUUUUGAGCUAUCUAUCAUGCCAAUUUUAUUUGUGAACUUUUUUAUAUUAUAAACUGUUUGCAUAUGUUGAAAA